CGGUGGAGUGUGGAGUUUGAAAAUUCAGAAAAUUUUGAGAACAAAAAGUCAUUUCAGAAGAUAAAUUUAACAUAUUAUUUGACAAAACCCGAAUUUUUCUUCUCAGUUGCUUGGAAGUAUCUUCAAUAUUAAUUUGUGCAAUGUAUCCGGUGUUUCUGAGCGAUGCGGAGAGAACGUUCAUUUGGGAUGGUGUAGAGGUUAAUUUAAGAUGCGAUGGAAGAAAGAGAAGCGACUAUCGUCCUAUGGAGUUGGAAACAGAUGUCGUAACUCACGCAAACGGAUCUGCUAGACUGCGCCUGGCCAACACCGAUAUAUUAGUCGGAGUAAAAACUGAAAUCGAUGUACCCCUCGCGGAAUCGCCGAAUAUGGGAAAAAUCGAAUUUUUCGUCGACUGUUCAGCAAACGCAACACCCGCAUUCGAAGGUAGAGGAGGAGAAGAUUUAGCCAAUGAAAUUUGCAGCACCCUGUUGAAAUCUUAUAAUAUUCUUCCCCUGGAAGAACUAUGCAUCGUUCCCGAGUUUAGUUGCUGGAAACUUUACGUUGAUAUUUUGAUUCUAGAAUGCGGUGGUAAUUUAUACGAUGCAGUUUCGUUAGCAGUCAAAGCGGCGCUUCAUAAUCUCAGAAUACCUCGCGUAACGGGGAAGUACAUAGACGGCGCGAAUGUGGAUCUUCAACUUUCCGACGAUCUGUUCGAUUGUUGGAAAAUCGACGUCUCGAAAGCUCCUUGUCUAGUUACUCUAUGUAAAAUUGGUGAAUUUCUAAUUGUUGAUCCUACCGUAGAAGAAGAAGCGUGUAGCUCGGGCAGUAUUGUUGUAUCUGUAACCGAAAAAGGUUUAUUAACGGGAAUUGUUAAAAUCGGCGAAGGUAGUUUUCAUCAAAAAGCCAUUUGUGAAGCGGUCAAGUUGGCGUGUUCCAUUGGCAUUAAACUUAAUGAAACUAUCGGCAGUUCUCUCAAACUAGAAGAAGAUCUCGCUUCUCACAAGGAUCGUUGCGGUUUUUUAAAAUGAUACUCGCAUUAUGUGAUUUCCGUGUAUUUUGUUUCUUUAUUCUUUGUUGAAUUCAGUCUUUCUUUUUCUUAAGAAAUUUGAUUUUUCAAAUAUUUUUAUUUACGGGCAACGGGCGUAGAUGCUAUAAUUUGAAAAUAUACCGAAUGUCGUUUUA